CGGAUCACAUGACCUCAUCUCCAGACUGCAUGCAGUUUGGUAUUAAAAUGUUUUCUGUACCAACCAUUGUGUUGUUGCGCAUUUGACAUGAAAGCUACACGUUGAGCCGUUUUUCUGUUCCGAAUCGAACCUCUCGUCAAGAACCGGGGACGAACGAGACGAAGAGCGAACGACCUCGCAGCUGUUAUUUUUGGCUCUGUUUUUUAAAAGUGAAGCUAACAUUCGCGUCGCGAGCUGGUCGGACGGACGGGACGGCGAACGAGGCCGCAGCCGGACGGGAACACGGGUUGAGCCAUGGCCAACAUCGCAGUUCAGAGGAUAAAACGGGAAUUCAAGGAAGUCCUUAAAAGCGAAGAGACGAGCAAAAAUCAGAUAAAAGUAGACUUGGUGGAUGAGAACUUCACAGAACUUAAAGGGGAGAUAGCAGGGCCCCCUGACACGCCAUAUGAAGGUGGUAGAUAUCAACUAGAAAUUAAGAUUCCAGAAACGUAUCCAUUCAAUCCACCCAAGGUGCGGUUUAUCACAAAAAUCUGGCAUCCAAAUAUCAGCUCAGUCACAGGUGCAAUAUGUCUGGACAUCCUUAAAGAUCAGUGGGCAGCAGCCAUGACACUGAGGACGGUUCUUUUGUCAUUACAAGCCUUACUGGCAGCGGCAGAACCAGACGAUCCACAGGAUGCAGUGGUAGCCAAUCAGUACAAGCAGAAUCCAGAGAUGUUCAAACAGACAGCGAGACUCUGGUCUCACGUCUAUGCAGGCGCUCCCGUCUCCAGUCCGGAGUACACACGCAAAAUAGACAAACUCUGUGCCAUGGGCUUCGAAAAAAAUGCAGUUAUAGUGGCGUUGUCGUCAAAAUCCUGGGAUGUGGAGACGGCGACAGAGCUCCUGCUCAGUAACUGAAUUUUGACGCCCUCUUCAAUYUCCUGAGUCCAUCUUUCUCUCGUCUCACACUCACUCUCCUCCAAACUCCUGCCAUGUGAAGGCGUGUCUUGCUCGAUCCUAGCCCUUCUGUUUUACCACCGGACAUACUCCACAACCCACCCCCCCACCACCCCGCGUCCCCUCUGUGCGACGUUUCUGUCACCUCCGCUGCACCACACUCCAACCAGCUGCUGUCAGUUCUCACCUCGAUUUAUUUUUAAAUUGUUUUUUUUUUCAAGUUCAUUCAACAUUCCGCUCAGUGUUUAAAUCAGAAAUCCAACCUCAUCACGCCCCCGCCCUUCUGAAGCAAAGUAGACCUGAAAUUUYACCCAUCUCUCCCACAGUUUCUCCCAGCUUUGUCCAAGAAGCAGCUGUCAGCAGCGUAUCUUUGCCUAUGCAGUACAUUUAUUUUCAUUUGGAACCAUUUUGUUGAAGAGAAUCGAGCCUUUCAGGAGGGCUUUUUUUUGGCACCUGGUUCUCAUUCAGAACACUUUGGGCCUGUUUUCAAAAUGGGGAUUAAGUCUAGUCCUAAACUUUUAAAAUUACAAUUUCUUUUUCUUUUUUUUUUAAGCUCUAUAAACAAAAUUAACUCUUAUUUGUAUUGGGGUUACUCUGAAUAGGGUGCUUUAGUUUAAAAAAGUUUAAAGUUUUUGGUAAUCAACAGCAAGAUGCUGACAACAGAACACGUCUUGCUAGCAAAGUAUUGCAUUGUGAGCAUAGUACAUUUUUUUUUAGGUAAAAUAAGUAUCAAAAGGACGAAAAAAAAACACAUUUUUGUGCUGUUAAUGCAUGAAUCGAGCAUGUAUUGUAGUGCACUAUAUAGGUCGGCUUAUUCUUUGUUCUGGAAAGCGGCUCAUUAAGUGUCUUUAAGGUGUUCGCACAGUAGUCCUCUCCAGCCCGAGUUGUCCCCCUCAGAUGUGAACAUCUGGCAGCUCCCACAGCAGCGCCCCACUUCUCAUCGCCACAGGUGGCUCGACAUGGCUUUCUUCACCUGUUCCCCCUCACAUUGACAAAAACGUCAUGAACUUUCAUUUGGUUUUGGCCUCCAACAGGGAUACUUUUGGAUUCUUGUUUUUUAAACCCCAAAGAAAUAAAAGAAAAAGUGAUAUUCUGUAGUAACACAACCUGUGAUCAUUCUGGAAAAAGAAUUGCAUCAUCUUAAUUAAAUCAACGGAUACAAUGUCAAUCAUUCAUCUGUAAAUAAAAAGAUUAAAGUCUGUGUAAAUUAA